AAGUCAGGAAGGCAGGGAGUGCACCUGGGAGGAAGCAGGGGAGGGCGGGGGCCGGGACUCAGCCUGGAGCCUUCCGGGUGGGCAUCCCGGGCAGGGCAAGCGACUGAGGUGCGGAGAGGGGAGGAUGCGCCUCUCCAAAACCCUCGUCGACAUGGACAUGGCUGACUACAGUGCUGCGCUGGACCCGGCCUACACCACCCUGGAAUUUGAGAAUGUGCAGGUGUUGACGAUGGGCAAUGAAACAUCCCCAUCAGAAGGUGCUAACCUUAAUGCGACCAACAACCUGGGUGUCAGUGCCCUGUGUGCCAUCUGUGGAGACCGGGCCACAGGCAAACACUAUGGUGCCUCGAGCUGUGACGGAUGCAAGGGCUUCUUCCGGAGGAGCGUGAGAAAGAACCACAUGUACUCCUGCAGAUUUAGUCGGCAGUGCGUGGUGGACAAAGACAAGAGGAACCAGUGCCGCUACUGCAGGCUCAAGAAAUGCUUCCGGGCUGGCAUGAAGAAGGAAGCCGUCCAAAAUGAGCGGGACCGGAUCAGCACUCGCCGGUCAAGCUAUGAGGAUAGCAGUCUGCCCUCCAUCAAUGCGCUCCUGCAGGCUGAGGUCCUGUCCCAGCAGAUCACCUCCCCUGUCUCCGGGAUCAAUGGAGACAUUCGGGCAAAGAAGAUUGCCAGCAUUGCAGACGUGUGCGAGUCCAUGAAGGAGCAGCUGCUGGUGCUCGUUGAGUGGGCCAAGUACAUCCCAGCUUUCUGCGAACUCCCCCUGGAUGACCAGGUGGCCCUGCUCAGAGCCCACGCCGGCGAGCACCUGCUGCUCGGAGCCACCAAGCGAUCUAUGGUGUUCAAGGACGUACUAUUACUAGGUAAUGACUACAUCAUCCCCCGGCACUGCCCGGAGCUGGCAGAAAUGAGCCGGGUGUCCAUGCGCAUCCUUGACGAGCUGGUGCUGCCAUUCCAGGAGCUGCAGAUCGAUGACAAUGAGUAUGCCUGCCUCAAAGCCAUCAUCUUCUUUGACCCAGAUGCCAAGGGGUUGAGUGACCCGGGUAAGAUCAAGCGGCUGCGGUCCCAGGUGCAGGUGAGCCUGGAGGACUACAUCAACGACCGCCAGUACGACUCGCGCGGCCGCUUCGGCGAGCUGCUGCUGCUGCUGCCCACGCUGCAGAGCAUCACCUGGCAGAUGAUCGAGCAGAUCCAGUUCAUCAAGCUCUUCGGCAUGGCCAAGAUCGACAACCUGCUGCAGGAGAUGCUGCUGGGAGGAUCCUCCAGUGAUGCAACUCAUGCCCACCACCCCCUGCACCCUCACCUGAUGCAGGAGCACAUGGGCACCAACGUCAUUGUUGCCAACACGAUGCCUGCUCAUCUCAGCAACGGACAGAUGUGUGAGUGGCCCCGACCCAGGGGGCAGGCAGCUACCCCUGAGACUCCACAGCCCUCACCGCCAGGUGGCUCUGGAUCUGAACCCUACAAGCUCCUGCCAGGAGCCAUCGCCACAAUUGUCAAGCCCCCCUCCGCCAUCCCCCAGCUGACUAUCACCAAGCAAGAAGUUAUCUAGCAAGCCGCCGGGGGUCGGGGGCUCUGCUGGCCCUCCAGCCCCCUCAGAGAGCCCCUGGUGGUCACUUGGUCACAGUGAAGGAAGCUGUGAUGACAGGGCCAGUCCCAGAGCAGUAAUGAAAAGAGCAAAGGGCCCAAGAACUUGGGCUGUGGGCCAUGUCACAUUGCCACUCUCCACCCCUGCUCUGGAUGAUGGGGCUUUGACUUGGGGAGACCCAGCUGGAAAAUCCUCUGCUGCCUUGGACAACGUUUCUCUGGCCAAAGCCACUGCCUUCCCCUUCAUUCAUAUCUACCCCCAACUGCUUCACCCACAAAGGACCACUGCCUGGAGACGACAUGGGACCUUGCUCAAACACAGCUCCCUUCCCCCUCGGGCUGGUACUUCUCCCCUAGUGCUGUCAUAGUGUCCGGACACAGAGAGCCCUUUCAGGGCCUGGAUCGCGGUCCCUUACUCCUCCCCGCUCUGUGCCCCAGCCUCCAGGGGUCCUCUCCAUCUGCCACUGUCACCUUCCUCAGCCAUUUUCGUUUCUUCAAAGCCACCUCUGCAGAGGCUGAGGAAGACUUGGAAACUAUUCUCCCAGUCAUCCUGGGAACAUUUUUAAAGCACUGACUGGGGCUAGGCACGUGUAGGAGGCUGAUGAGAAGGAAGACACUUUCUGCCUCUGACCCACGGCUCUCCCCUUCUUCAGGGACUUGGGUGGAUCCCUUGGUUCGGUGUGAUGAUCUCUACAGGCUCUCAACAGUGGUGGACAACUGCAACAGGAACU